UAUGCUUCCAAGUUCUCCCGAUCUUAUGUUUAUCAUGAUGGCUCUGGGCGCCGAUCGGCGGUUGCGCUACGCUCAUAUUCGAGUGCCGACCCUCUGCCUGACUCCCCACGCACACCGAACGGGCGAGGAAGCUGGAGUUGAGAGGGAGCAGUCUAUCAGGGACGGUGGAACGGACGAGGUUAUAAGAGAGACUCUUGUGAUGUUUCCAGCGCUUGGAUGACACUAGCGCGCGCGCUCGUGUCCACUUAUAGAACGCCACCCUUCUGGCGAUCUUCGCAACAACUCAAUCAAGACAGCUCCGUCUGCAGCCCAAAAGCGCGAGCGGCAUCGCGACGUUUCACUCUCCAUACUGUCCCUUCCCCUCCUGCUUCACUCACACACUCACACACUCACACACUCACUCUUUCUCUUCCUGUCUUCUCCUCACUCAGAUACACUCAUUCUCAGCUUUUUCGUUCUUCAAGCAAAAUGACACCCCCCGCGAAACCACAGCAGCAAUACACCCUCCCGCACGCGCUCCAGCCCGCAGUCCGACCGGCGGUCGACGUCAAGAUUCUCCCCGAGGUCUCGACGACCACGUUCGUCGCUUGGACCUUCGGCCGCGGCUCAGUGAUCUGGAAAAUCUGGCCGGCGGUCAUCUUCCACACGCUGUUCGCGGUGCUCGUGGUCUACUUCUGGGACCACAUGGGCCGCAAGCUUCAGAUCCCGAGCGUCCUGCUCACUGUGCUUGGUGUGGUCAUCGGUUUUGUUAUCUCGUACAGAGCUAUGUCAGGCUACGACCGCUACUGGGCGGGCCGUUCCGCUUGGACCGACGUGAUCAAGAACUCCCGCAGCAUGGGCCGCCUGAUCUGGUAUCAUGUGCCGCCCCGGCUGACGCCCAAAACGAACGAGGAGACGCUGACGGGUAAGGUGAUCCGACCAGCGCAGGAGCUCAACAAGGUGAUGGCCGAGAAGCGGAUGGCGUUGGACUUAUGUCUGGGAUUUGCUAUUGCGCUCAAGCACCACAUCCGUGGCGAAUUGGGUAUCUACUACGACGAUCUGUAUCACCUUGUUCGCCCCUUGCAUGAACACACUCACUCCCACCAGCAACAGCAAAAACACGCAGCUCGCGAAGCAGCGCUCAUCACCCCGCGCCCGAACGCGCGCAUGACCUCUCACUCUAAUCUGCCGAUGGCCACCAACUCCAACACCCCUCCGCCACCAUCGACCGCCUCCGGCCCGCCGAAAGGUGCUGCACUGCACCCCUCGGGCGGCGUGUACGGGACGUUCGGCGGCUCGCGCACUAGCUCGCACGCGUCCCUGCGAGACACGCUCCGCCAGCAGUCCCGCAGCACCGACACCGUCGGCUCGCAGCACCACUCCCACCAGCCCCUGCUCCCCGGAGCCAACCCGAUGAACGAGGAGCCCGGCGUCGCGCGCGACCUCAUCCCGCUUGCGGGCGCGUUCUCUUCCAUCCGGCGCUGGUUCGGUGGGAUGUCUGUGUUUGGCAGGAAGCAGGAUCCCAUCAUCCCGCAAUACAACGAGGGCCCGCCGCCGCGCAAAUGGGGCGGCCCGGUCCACCCCGACCUGAAGCUCCUCAAGCGCAAGGCCGAGCACGGGCCAAACCUGCCCGAGGAGAUCCUCCGGUGUCUGAGCGAGUGGACGAGUGUCCUCGAAGACCGAAACACUGUUCCUGGCGGAAGCUUGGGUGGGAUUAUGGGUGGUAUCGCGGCGUACGAAGCUAGUUUGGCCACAUUGGAGCAUAUCUUGACGACGCCUUUGCCUUUUGCUUUCUCGGUGCACAUCAGACACACUGUCUGGCUCUACCUGUUCCUCCUCCCUAUCCAGCUCGUGAGCGACUUUGGCUGGCACACAGUCCCUGCGGUGUUUAUCGGCGCUUUCAUCUAUCUCGGCUUCAUCGCCGCUGGCGACGAGAUCGAGCAGCCCUUCGGAUACGACGAAAAUGAUCUGGAUCUCGACGUGUUCUGCCAGGACAUCAUCGCGCAGGACAUCGAGAGCCUCAAAUCCGCGCCCUGCCUCAACGCCUAUCUCCCCGAGCGCCCUGCGCCGGAGCGCCAUCGCUCGAUGACGCUCAUCGAGGCGUCGAGCCAGGCUGAGUUCGAGGAUAUCAGCGAUGGGGAGGUAAUCGCGUCGACCUAUUGAGCUGUUUGGGAUGGAUGUGAUUUGUAUGACGGAUGGCGGAAUCGGGGUUGUGAUAGUCCCUAGUCUAGUGGCAGCUAUGUUGUGGGCCUCAUUCUAUAUACGUGGAUUGGGACUCGUCGGCAGAUGUUUCCGUGAGAGGAUAUAUCUGUCUGAGGAUGGGAAAGAAGUCGGGCAUUCCCAUUUGAUACGGUGUCCAUGUGCCAUACGUAGCAGGCUCUUCAGGAUGAAUCAAAC